UUUUAUUAUUUUCUUAUCUUUUCACUUGACAUCCUCACAAUGCUUGAUACAAGCUCACCUUCUGUUGUGCCUUCUGCUCCCCAGUAUUUCAAGGAGGAGGUUACAGGACUCAACUCAUUAAGCUUCUUUCCACAGUCUUUGAGUUGAACCAAUAAUCUAAUAGAGGUGAGAAGGACAUGUUCUGUGAGCUAGACUAUAGUUCAAAUAAAUUUGAUAUUGCUAAGAUAUCUAUUGCAAGAGUCUGUUACAAGUUCUUCCUUACUUUUGGUUUUCUAAUAAGCAGAAACCAUAAGAAAAGGACACUGAGUUGCUUAUUCUUGUUAGAUUGAUGGAAGAAAAUGUGUUCAAAAUCAUAUUCUUAAAUGACCCAGAUGAUAUAUACAGUUCUUGAAUGUCACUAGGAUUAUGGAUAACCAUAUCAAUGAGAGGCUUCUGAAUUCAGAAGCAGAAGGUACAAGUUUGAAAGAGAGGAUUUGGGUAGAAUCAAAGAAGUUGUGGAGGAUUUCUUUUCCUUCUGUAUUAUUUAGAGUGACAUCAUUUGGAAUGUUGGUUGUGUCACAGUCAUUUAUUGGUGAAAUUAGUGCAGUUGACCUUGCUGCAUAUGCACUUAUGCAAACCAUCCUUGUACGUUUUGCGAAUGGUGUUAUGCUAGGCUUAUCAAGUGCAACCGAAACUCUUUGUGGGCAAGCAUUCGGAGCAAAGCAAUACCACAUGAUGGGUAUCUACUUGCAGCGUUCAUGGAUUAUUAACAUUGUUGUUGCAACAGUUAUGACCCUUGUGUUCAUCUUUGCAACACCCAUAUUUAGAUUACUUGGCCAAGAAGAGGAAAUAGCAGCAGCAUGUGAAAAAUAUUCUCUAUGGUUCCUUCCCUAUAUCUACUAUCUUCUUUUUUCCAGGAGCAUCCAAAUGUAUUUACAAGCUCAGCUCAAGAAUACAGUUAUUGGAUGGUUGUCUGCUUCCACAUUUGUGAUUCAUGUGUUAUUGUCCUGGAUCUUUGUGAGCAAACUGCACUUAGGGACUAAUGGAGCAAUGGGUGCAUUGACCAUAUCUACUUGGUUAAUGGUCAUUGGAAUGUUCGUGUAUGUCUUCGGAGGUUGGUGCCCUCAAACAUGGAAAGGAUUCACUAUGGCUGCCUUCAGUGACCUAGUGCCCGUAAUAAAGCUCUCAGUGUCUUCUGGCGUGAUGCUUUGCUUAGAGUUAUGGUACUAUUGUAUUGUGCUCUUAGUGGCUGGAUAUCUGAAAAAUGCAACAGUUGCCAUAUCCGCCUUCUCUAUUUGUCUCAACAUUAAUUUUUGGGUAUUGAUGAUAUUCCUUGGCUUAUUUGGUGGUGCAAGUGUGCGGGUAUCAAAUGAGCUGGGAAAGGGAAAUGCUGAAGCUGCAAAAUUUGCUGUUAACGUUGUCGUAAUUACUGGAGUUCUUAUUGGAUUAGUUUUCUGGAUUUUGUGUUUGAUCUUUGGUCGUGAUAUUGCGUAUUUGUUUACAAGCGAUGAAGAAGUAGCAGAAACUGUUACAAGUCUCUCUGUCCUCCUCGCUUUCUCACUGUUGCUUAGUAGUGUUCAGCCUGUACUCUCAGGGGUGGCUAUAGGUGCUGGUUGGCAAGGUGUGGUCGCUUAUGUCAAUCUUGCAUGCUACUACAUUAUUGGAGUUCCAUUGGGAGUUUUGCUUGCUUAUGCAUUUGAUCUUUCUGUUAGGGGUAUGUGGAUUGGACUGAUGGGUGGAUUGAUAAUGCAAACACUUGCACUUAUCUAUAUCACAUGCAGAACUGAUUGGAGUGAGCAGGUUAAGAAGGCUUCCGAACGUAUCAAUAGGUGGUCCAUGAACUCUUCUCAGGAAUCCAACCAGAGCUCUUCCCAAGCUUGAAGAGAACGAAUUUUGUUAACUGGGUCCAUUUCCAAUCAGACAAUAUCACGACUUUCUCCUCAGAAUAUGGAGGAAGAAGAAAUGGAUCAAAUGAGGAGAUUCUUGCGUUUAGGAAUAAAAGUAGAAGCGGAACCAACAACUAUUGCUGUGGAAUUGAACUUUGCAUGUCAGAAUUGUAUUUUAAAAAUGCAUUUCUUGUUUAAAAAUGAUAAUUUUGUCACUUUUAAAUUAUCAUUUUUUAAAAAUAUAAUUAAAUAAAAAUUUUGCUUUUCGUAUUGUAUUUGAGGAAAAGUAUGGGUCUUGGAGUUUCUCCUGUUUGGAAGUGUGCAAUCCAAGCAUUCUUAAAGAUCAUGUUUGACCUUCAAACAUUGCUUUCAAUCUAUUAUUUAAGAAGCUCUCUUGGAUUAACUUCAA